AUGUCCAUUCAACCUCAAAUAACAACAUUUCAUCAUACCGUUCCUUCACCCCUUCCUUCUUCACCUUCAUUCGUGUUUCAUCUUACUCGAUUAGUAGAUACUCUGCUGAUAUGGAUAGGAAGUGCUUCACCUUCCGAUCCAUCGUUGGGUGCAGAAAAUGUACUAGUCGGUGAAAGGAGAUUAGCUACCGAUUGGUCUGUAGCUAUGCCUUCAAGAGGUAAUAUACCGGUGACUUCUACUUCGAUAUAUAGAGUCGGUGCGAGUGAUAUCACUUUGUCAAUGUCGCAACGAUUAGCUCGAAAAUUCCCUAAUAACCAAAUACACCUUUCAGUAUCUUUAGAUCCAUCAUUGACAUCGCAAAGUGGACCCAACAUAGACCCGUAUGCAAGUAAAUUAUUAUUGAUCAUGGAGAAGAAAUUGACUGUUUGGUUAAGUGAAGUCCUGGAAGCUGAGAAGAAAGUCAUAACAGCUUGA